AUGGGCGACUUCUUCACUGAUCCAGCUUUCGAAGUAAUUCUCUACAUACUGGUUUGUUUUAUGAUAGCAGCUCGUAGAAAGCACAUCUCACGUGCGCAAACGUGCUUUCUGAACGUUGCUAUGCUCAAUUCUAUCGCAGAGAUUGCCCUGUUUCUCCAUACCGAGUUUGCUAUACGAGCUCGUAAAUAUCGUUUGCUUCCUUUUUAUCGACAACUUCCACCGUCCUACCUAGCUGUGCCUAUGAUAUGGACUACAAAAACGGCCCUUGCAGUCUGUUUUGUGAAUUGGACAAUCUCUGCUAUCAUUACCGUGUUUGGUGUAAUUGUUGGCAAUCCAGAAGGGUCUUUCUACGUGUCGCUCGAAGGAACACUUGAAAUUAAAUACGUAUAUAGUGGCAGCCAUAUUCUCGCCGACGUGGCCAUAAUCCUCUGUGCUUUUACAGUUGCCAUCUGCACAUGUUUAUAUGUCUUACUGGGCUAUGUCAUUAUUGAAAGCGAAGACAUGGGUAUUGGUAAAGGCGAACUGAAAUACCUUCUGUGUGCGGUUCUCACGUUCUCUCCGCUUACGAUCGAGUUGACUCGCAGUAUAUUUGAAAGGUACGGCACUGUAUCUGGAGCCCCAGUCUUGGACAUUUCAAAGAAGACUUGGAUUAUGAGCCACGAUCUGCUGAUAAGUGUCCAGUUUCUCACCUUGGUUUUCGUCACGAGACUUCACCGGCUUUUUAUCGAUCUUCCUUUCUGCAAGGAAGAAUGUAACAAGGCAUUGGAUCCUUUCAAAGAAGUUCCGAUAAUGGACGGCCACCUCGAACAGCUUUUCGCCGCGAAGAGACGUCAACGACACCAGAUGUCGAUUUUCAACAUGCUCACCCUGGUUAUACCUAAUUUAUCGACGAUAUAUUGA